AUGUCUUGGAUUCCUGGAAGUCAGCUUAUACGGACGGAAGAUGUCCCAGAACGACCUCUUCGAGACAAGAUCUUAAAUCAACUUGUCGAAAUACAAACAUCGUUGAUUGAGUGCACGGUAGAGACUGAGCGUGACGUCUCAGAACAGAUGGACCUUCUCCCAAGUGUACUUCUACCUGAGCUUGAGAAUGCACCUUUCGCCAUAGACCAUGGCAAUCUUGGGCCACGGAAUAUCAUCAUCGACGAAAAUCAUAAUAUAGUCGGUGUCAUCGAUUGGCUUCUGGCUGCGAAAGUCCCCUUUCAACAAGCGGCUUGCCUUCCUGCCCUCCUUUAUCCAGAUGAUAUUAGCAAGCCGGCAUCUGCCACUCUUAAAGAUGACCGUGCGUAUUAUACUGCGUUUAUUCGAUCCAAAAAGUCGGAAGUGGCUAAGUGGAUUACCCCUGUCAUAUGUGCCGAGGACAAGGAAUUCCGCACUUUCUUCUUGGACUCGAUCAGAAGUAAAUCAGUGCAUAAAGAUAUGGCACAGGCUAGAUGGAGAGCAGCCCCUGCCUUUUGUUAA